AGUGUGUUGGAUGUGGGAUGCUGCUGUGACUCUGCCCUCAGAACAAUACAGUGCAACCCCUGUGUAACAACAAUAUGGAUAGUAUCCGCCGUAAUUGCCCUGUUUUAUAGCACACUUUCUUUUACUUGACGCGGGAAAAAUGUGGAUACCGACUGAACAUGAAAAAUAUGGCGUUGUGCUGGCCAAUUUUCGAGGAAUGGUUCAGCAUGGACUUCCGCUGGAGAUCGGUGACACGGUGCAGAUUUUGGAGAAAUGUGAAGGAUGGUUCAGAGGAUUCAUCAUAAAGAAUCCAAACGUAAAGGGAAUAUUCCCAAGCUCCUAUAUUCACCUCAAGAAUGCCCACGUCAAGAACAAAGGGCAGUUUGAGACGGUCAUUCCCACCGAGGACUCGGUCAUUACAGAGAUAACUAUGACCUUGAGAGACUGGGGCAGCAUGUGGAAGCAGCUCUACAUGAGGAACGAAGGGGAUCUUUUUCACAGACUGUGGCAUGUGAUGAAUGAGAUUCUGGAGCUGCGACAGCAGGUUCUGGUGGGCCACCUCACUCACGACCGCUUGAGUGACAUCAAACAGCACAUCACGGCACGGCUGGACUGGGGAAACGAGCAGCUGGGAUUGGAUCUGGUCCCCAGGAGGGACUUCAGCAUGGUGGACCCCGAUGAGAUCAGCAUCACAGAGCUGUAUCGGCUGAUGGAGAGACGUCAUCGUAGACGCGAGGCUCCCCCGCAGGCCAGUAUGCACCACCUGUUCCUUCAGAUGAAGAGCAUGAUGAGUUCAAACCUGGGGGAGGAGCUGGAAGUCUUCUACUCGGUCUAUGACAGCAGGGAAAUGCGACCAAUCAGUGAGAGAUUCUUUGUGCGCCUCAAUAAGCAAGGGCUACCAAAGUCUCCAGAGAAGACUGAGAGGCAGUGUACACUCUUUGUUGAUUUGGGAAGUAGUGAUCUUCGCAAAGAUGUGUAUGUUGUAGCUCAUAUUUUUAGAAUAGGGCGAAUGGUCGCAGGUGAGAAGAAGAGUGUGAGUAACACGCAGUACAAGCGUCCAUACGGUUGUGCCGUGAUUAGUGUGGCUGACCUGUUAACAGCUGACUUCAAGGAUGAUCACUUGCUGAAGAUUUACUCAUGUAAUGCAGAAAGUGAGUGGUACCAAAUCCAUGACAGUAUUAUCAGGAAGGUCAGCUCACGAUACAGCCAUAUUGGCUCAAAUACAGGCCUUAAUGUCUCUCUCCAGCUCCUGCAUGGGGAUAUGGAGCAGAUUCGCAAAGAUUACAUGCGUCUUUUCACCCGCAACGUCUCUUUUACUAAGAGGCUUGGUUUCUCCGAUAUCAUCAUUCCAGGUGAAAUUAGGAACGACCUGUAUGUGACCCUUGAGAGGGGUGAGUUUGAGAAAGGUGGAAAAAGCGUGGCGCGUAAUGUGGAAGUCACCGUCUAUCUGCUGGGAGGUGAUGGGCAACUUCUGAAGGGUCUGGUUUGUUGUGGCUCUGGGGAACCAGGAGUGGAUGAGCACCGCUCUUUUGUCCUGUAUCACAGUAACAGCCCUCGCUGGGCCGAGCAGAUCAAACUACCCAUCCCUUUGGAGAUGUUUCACGGCACACACUUACGCUUCGAGCUCAGGCACUGCUCCACAAAGGAAAAGGGUGAGAAGAAGCUUUUCGGCUUCUCUUUUGUCCCUCUGAUGCAGGACGAUGGGAGACCAUUGCCCGAUGGAACGCAUGAGCUCAUUGUCCACAAGUGUGAAGAGACAGCUGAUCUCCAGGAUCCUGCUCGGUACCUUAAACUGCCAUUUUCCAAAGCCAGCCUCCAGCCGGGCAACAGCCAGACAAUAAAGAACAGCAAAGAAUCUUUCUGGAUCCAGUCGUCUCUCUGCUCCACUAAACUCACUCAGAAUGGUGAAAUGUUGGACCUGCUGAAAUGGAGAGUUCAUCCGGACAGAAUCAUUGACUGCCUCUCCAAACUGAAGGACAUUGAAGGCACUGAAAUUGUUAAGUUUUUACACGACACUCUGGACACCAUGUUUGGGAUUUUAGACGAGAGUCCACAGCGUUAUGGACUUAAAGUGUUUGAUUGCCUGGUGCAUGUUAUAAAUUUGCUGCAGGACAGCAAAUUCCAGCUCUUCAAACCUGUAAUGGACAACUACAUCGAGAACCACUUUGCUGGUGCCCUUUCCUACAGGGAUCUGAUCCGUGUGUUGAAGUGGUAUGUGGAUCGUAUCAUUGAUGCCGAGCACCAGGAACAGAUCCAGCAGGUUUUGAAGGCAUCUGAGUACUUGUUUAAGUACAUUGUGCAGUCCAGGCGUCUGUACGCGGCGGCCACCGGAGGCCAGAACGAGGAGGAAUUUCGCUGCUCUGUUCACGAACUGUUCAAAUCUAUCCACCUGUUCCUGUCACAUGAGAGUAAAGGCAUCAGUCCCAUCACACACACACAGGCCGUGUUCCUGAGAUCGUUCCCGACUGUGUGCUGCGAGCUGCUAAAGAUCUUCAGCAUGAGAGAGGUGGCAAAUCUGGCCCGCGACACGCUGAGCAGCCUGCCUGCCCUCACACACACGGACUGCCCUCUACAGGCCGUCAAACUGCAGUGCAUGGCCAAGACCGUGGAGAGUCCACUUUAUGUCAACCCCGAGUCGAGGUGUGUGCUGUUACCUGUAGUGCUGCGUCUGCUGCACACACACCUGCAGGAGCAGAGGGAGCUGGUGCUGUGUGCCAAUAUCCUCACCAGCAUGCUGACGCUCAACACAGCCGCCACGGAGUGUGGUGUGUCCGAGGAGGUCAAUCUGGUCAUGGAGAGUCUGUCUGGAGUGUUACUCAAAACUGUUCUGGAAGUGACCAACCGGCCUCAGCCUGCCGCCACAUCGCUGCGCCUGCAGUACCAGGAUGUUACAGGUGAAUUUGUUGCCUGUUUGCUCACAUUGCUGCGGCAGUUGAAAGAUAAAGAAUACCAGCAGCUUCUCAGCAGAUUUCCCUCUAAAGAAGAACUAACGAGUUUCCUCCUGCAGUUAUUCACUGUCUUCAGAAUACUUAUCCGACCGGACAUGUUCCCCAAAGACUGGACUGUCAUGAGACUGGUCGCUAAUAAUGUCAUCAUAACCACCAUCUUAUAUCUCUCCGAUACUCUGCGCAACAACUUCCUUAAUGAGAAAUUUGACUUCAAGGUAUGGGAGUCCUAUUUUUAUCUCUGUAUAAUAUUCAUCAACCAGCCCUGCCUCCAACUGGAAAUGUUCCCGCCCUCCAAGAGGAAAAAAGUCCUGGAGAAGUACGGUGACAUGAGAGUGAUGAUUGGCUGUGAGAUUUUCAGCAUGUGGCAGCAUUUGGGUGACUAUAAGUUAAAUCUCAUUCCCACCCUGAUUGGUCCAUUCAUGGAGGUGACUCUGGUGCCACAGAUGGACCUGAGGAACGUCCUCAUCCCCAUUUUCCACGAUAUGAUGGACUGCGAACAGCGACGGAGCGGCAACUUCAAACAGGUGGAGGCCAAACUCAUAGACAAACUGGAGGGCCUGAUGUCAGAGGGAAAAGGAGAUGAGACAUACAGAGAGCUCUUUAACAACAUAAUUCCACUGUUUGGUCCGUAUCCGAGUCUCCUGAAGAAGAUUGAAAGAGAGACCUGGAGAGAAAGUGGUGUUUCCCACAUCGCUACCGUCACAAGGCUAAUGGAGAGAUUACUAGAUUACAGGGACUGCAUGAAGAUCGGCGAGGUUGAUGGGAAAACAAUGGGAUGUACAGUCAACCUUCUGAACUUCUAUAAAACUGAGUUGAAUAAAGAAGAAAUGUACAUCCGUUACAUUCACAAGCUCUAUGAGCUGCACCUGAAGGCACAAAAUUACACCGAGGCGUCCUACACUCUCCUGCUGUACGAUGAGCUGUUGGAGUGGACCGAAAGGCCUCUCAGAGAGUUCCUCACGUACCCCAUGCAGAGCGAAUGGCAGAGGAAGGAAUGCCUUCAUCUCACCAUCAUACACAAUUUCGACAGAGGAAAAUGCUGGGAAAACUGCAUCAUACUGUGUCGAGAGCUGGCCAAUCAGUACGAAGCGUAUUAUGACUACAGGAACCUCAGCAAGAUGAGGAUGAUGGAAGCCUCUUUCUACGACAAAAUAAUGAACCAGCAGCGACUCGAGCCGGAGUUCUUCAGAGUCGGCUUCUACGGAAAGAAGUUCCCCUUCUUUUUAAGGAAUAAAGAGUUUGUGUGUCGAGGGAACGAUUACGAGCGUCUGGAGGCUUUUCAGCAGCGGAUGCUCAGCGAGUUUCCUCACGCCAUUGCGAUGCAGCACGCCAACCUCCCCGACCAGACCAUCCACCAAUCAGACGCGCAGUACCUGCAGAUCUAUGCCGUAAGUCCUGUCCCUGAAAACCAGGAUGUCCUGCAGAGAGACGGAGUCCCCAACAACAUCAAGAGCUUCUACAAGGUCAACCAUAUUUGGAGGUUUCGCUACGACAGGCCUUUUCACAAGGGCACCAAAGACAAAGAGAACGAGUUUAAGAGCCUGUGGGUUGAGCGGACAACACUGACCCUCGCUCAGAGUCUACCUGGCAUCUCUCGCUGGUUUGAGGUUGAGAAAAGGGAACUGGUGGAGAUGAGUCCCUUGGAGAACGCCAGCGAGGUGAUUGAAAAUAAGACGCUGCAGUUGAGGACGCUGAUCGCUCAGUGUCAGAUGAGGCAGAUGCUGAACAUCAACCCUCUCACCAUGUGUCUGAACGGAGUCAUCGAUGCUGCUGUCAACGGAGGACUGGCUCGAUACCAGGAGGCGUUCUUUGCGAAAGAUUACAUCGCAAAUCAUCCAGAGGAUGGAGAGAAAAUUACCCGUCUUAGGGAACUGAUGUUUGAACAGGCCCAUAUUCUGGAAUUUGGUUUAGCCGUGCACGAGAAGUUCGUUCCACAGGAUAUGAAGCCGUUACAUAAAAAGCUUGUGGACCAGUUUCAUGUAAUGCGCUCCAGUCUGGGGAUUCAACCACAAGAGUUUCCUGCUUAUGUGCGAGUUAGUCCUCUGCAUUUUGCGAAUGGCAGCCCGCGCACAUGCAGGACCCCCGUUCCCAAUGCCAUCAGCCCAGAGGGAGGCCGAAUCGUGGCGAGACGCAGUCCUCUCAGCUAUCCAGCUGUCAACAGAUAUUCCUCAUCCUCACUGUCAUCUCAGGCCUCAAAUGAAGUGAGCAACAUCACCGGCCAAUCAGAGAGCUCGGAUGAGGUCUUCAACAUGCAACCCAGUCCGUCUACCUCAAGUCUGAGCUCAAAUCACUCUGGCUCACACAAUGUGAACAGCUCUGCGCCCUCCAGCAAUAGAGCUUCUCCACUGCCGUCUGACAAACACAAGCACUCCAGAGACAACGCCUGCCUCUCUCCACGGGACAGACUCUGCAGUGGCAUGUUCCCCAGCCCACUGGACCCCACACAGAGGAUGAUUCCGUUCCAAAUACCAGUGGAUUCAGCAUUACCACGCUGUGAACCCAAUCUCCCCACACCUGAGACAGGAUCUCUGUGCAAGAACGUGAGGUCACUGUCUCCCAUGCCAACUGCCCGUUCACCUCAGAAGUCGAUGGUCCCACCCCUCACGCCCUCCCCGACCGAUGGCUUGCCGAUGGGGAGCCUGGUGUCUCACUCUCCUGCCCGCUCUGGCAGCUACAGCAGCGGGAUCUCAUCCCUCAGCCGCUGCAGCGUCUCCGAAACGUGCGGGAUCGACCUCCCGCCGCCCGACUCUCCUCUACCCCCCAUUGUCCCCACAGACGUUCCCAUUCGCAGGGGCAGCAAGACUCCUCCGCCCUACAGUGUCUACGAGCGGAACAACCCCCGGCGAGCGACUCCACUGCCUCACAGUCUGUCAGUGCCGCCCACUACCGACAACCCCAGCCUGACCGGCAAACCCCAGCUGAACCGCGUGCAGCGCAUUAAUUCAGAGCCCCGUCACCGGCCCACACCCAGGAAGGUCUCUCAGCUGUAGCGCGUCAGCGGUAACUUGGACUACGUCGCAUUUUUUGCAGCAGUUUAGUGUAAAAUAACUGUAGGUUAUGUAUCAUAAUUGGCGCAUUUAGGUGCAUUUUUGUGGAGGAUAGGGAGUGGCAUAUAAAUAAAUCUUUCAAAUCUUACUAAUCUUUCUAAAUUAGUACGAAUAUGUCAAUAGAUAAAUAAAAAAAAUGUCAAUAAAUAUGUCAAAGUCCAAAGCAAAAAUGUAAUUUGAAAGUCCUUUAUUCAUUUAUUGACUCAUUUCAUGCUUUAUGCUAUUAAUUAUAAAUAAAUAAAAAUUCAUCAAGUAUGUGUCAAUAAAUAAUCCAGAGGUGUCAAUUAAGUAAAUAAAUAAUUGUUAACAAAUCUAUCAUAGUCAUAGAAACAAAACAUAAUUUUAAAGUUAUUUAUGUUCUGACACAUUUCAUUCAUUUUUAUUCCCAUUUCAAAUAUUGUGUCAAUAAAUAAAUGAUGUUAAUAAAUAGAUCAGUGUGAAUACAUCAAAGUCUUUUGCUAAAUAUAAUUUAUUUAUUUGACACUUCAUUCAUGCUUUAUUAAUUUUGUUUAAAUAUAAUUGUUUUUAUUUAUCACAUUUAAUUUAUAAAAUGAUGUAAUUGUUAAUGCAUAACUACAUUUAUUGGACUUUGGACUAUGUAUUUAUUGACACAAAUGUCAUGUUUUUUUUUUAUUUUAUUUACAAAAGAUUUAUUUAUUAUAAUAUGCCACUCUCAGUCCUCCAUACAUUUUGAUUUUUUGUUUAGCAAUUUGUAUUCUAAAAUCUAAAUGAAAGUGAAACGGAAUGCUCCCAUGAUGAAUGUUUUCCUUUUUUGUUCUUUGACAUUAAGUAGAUCAUCUUAAUUUCAUUUUAAAGCUGCGUAUUUGAUGGUUUAGUGACUAUUUAGGGGAUCGGCUCUUUAGACCCAGUCUAAAGCGCAGCUCAGAAUUGAACUUCACCGAUGAACUGAACCGGCCAUCUCGGCGCAGUCCUUCUGAUACGCAGAUACGGUUAGAAAUGAAAUGUACUAGAAAAGCCAUGAAGAGAUUAUGUAAGCUUUGAAAUGGCAUGUAAUUUACAGCUAAAUCUGAAGAUCUGGCAGGUCCAUAUCCCAUUUAGAGUGCUCUGAGACAUAUUGCUAGCAAGGUAUUUUUGAUAGAAGUACAAAAUCUGUGUUGUACAGCUUUUCUUUCCACACUACAGCAGUUUUUUUGUUUUUUGGUCUUACACAAACCGAGGCGUACAGCUAGACCUGCGUCCCGUUUUAACCGCUUUGUACUUUCUGGAAUGGCUAAAAGGUGCUACAUAUUUCUUAGUGUUUGGUUUUUUUCUAAUGUAGCCUUGUAUCUACCGAAACUGCCUGACCGUUUAAAUGUGCCAAUGUGAUGAAAUUGUGUGGUCUCCGAGUAUUGUGCCAAAGAUGCAAACAGUAUUAACUUCUUUGUGAGUAAGAGUAGUUAGGAAAGCUUAACUGAAGUUAGCGUGAUCGCUAGUGCUCAACAAUGUGCUUCUUAAACCUUGCGCAGAGGCGUAGCUCAAGACUGCAUGGGGCAUGAGCAGUACAAAGCAAUAUAACCAUUGUAGUUUGCAGAGAGCGAUAGCAACAAACAUCAUCUAGUUCUGUGAUGACGUUUCCCAGUAGCCUGAUCCCAAAUCAGGUUGUGUUACCGCAGUCACUUCCAAACAAUAUUGGCUAGAUCAAAUCUGUUUUUCUUUCUCCUUUGAAUGUUCAAUCUAACAGAAAUUUUCGCAUUUCAAUCAGAAAAUGAAUUUGGGAUUUUCAAUUUGAACUCUACAGUAGGUUGUAGACAAUAAUCACAAUUUAGGAAAUGCUGUGUGUGAUGUUCAUUUAUAUUGUUUUACCUUUUAUAUUCUUUCAGUAUUUGUUUAAUUCUACAUUUUUUACAUCACAUUUACGUUUUCUUUUUUGUUUUUUGUUUUUUUACUAUGGACCAUACUAACAACAUUAAAACAUUUGUUUUUCUUGCUAACAAAGCCAAUGUGGUCAAGUUUUCAACAAAGCAGCUGAUUUUUGACAUUUACGAAGUUUCAUUUCAAAGAAAAUACCUACACGAUCUCACAGGAAAACGUAACUAUAUUACAAAGUGGCGAUUUCGUCUGAAUUUAUACAAUAUGAAUCUGCGCCUGAAAAUAACUGUGCGUAAGCAAAACAUAGAAAUUCAUAUCAAUUAGCCACCAAUUUGUCAAAACGUAAAAUAGUUAAGAAUUGCCAUGUGAGGGUGUUGCUACAGUACAUCCCUUCAUACGGAUGAAAACUUUCUGCAUAUUGAUGUAAAAUUGAGAGUAACAAACAGCUUUUUCACUGCCAGCUUAAAAGCCCACAUUUCUUUUAAUAAAUAUUGGAUAAUAAAUAUUUGAUAGUCGUUAAAAUGCAACUUCAAAACACACAGCAGCGUUUGUGAAUCUCGGCUGCCAGUUUACAUUAUUGAUCACGUAUAGACAAUUGAAAUGAUCUGUACUUGAUAAAAAUUGUACUUGGUCAAAAUAUCCCGUGAUUUUAUUCUGUAAUUGCAUUUUUGUAGAUAAAUACAAAGUUCAAAGUGCUAUAUUUUUUGGCAACCCUAAAAUAUUUGAAGUGAGAAGAAUCAAACUAACGUUGGAAUGAUUAUAAAAUACUUAAAGAUGGGCACGUAACCGAUUUGUUUGUUACCUAUUUUAUUAACAGCUUUGCAGCUUUGUUCUCAUAUUGCCAUGUUAUGAGAGUUGCAAAUUUUUCGGCAAUCAUGUUUUGUAAUUUCGAUAGAUUGCCAGUGGUCAAGUCGUAGGACUUCAACUCUAGUCAUGCCUGUAUUUCUCCUGUUCUCUCCUUUCACCUUCCUUUUUAUGGAUUAUAUUCUUUCUGUUCAAUUUUUUGAACUUGUAAAGUUGUACUUUAUAUCAUACGAUGGGAUGAAAGUAUUCCAUAUAGCCUGUGUUACAGAUUUUGUACAAAAGGUGUUUAUAUGAAAAUGUAACCAGUUCAUAGCUUUGAAUGUUGCAACUAAAGUUUUUAUUUGUAAAUGUUGAAUAUUAACCAUCAAACAAAUAAAGGUUGAUUGAUGUAAA